CUCAUUACGGGCGCCUUCAGCAAGCAAAUCAAAUGUGCGGCCUGAUCGAUGUUGAAAUGCUGGUACAGAGGGAAACCAGGGAGACCCUAAACAUGAGUGUCCUUGGUUCGAAACUCAGUCCGAUUACGAUCGUCUUGAUUUCAGUCCUUCUUUCAGGCCAAUUAUUUGUUGGGGUUACAGGACAAUGCGGUUCCGUCUGCUCACCACCUUUGAUCUUCGGUGAUGGGACACCGAGUUUCUCUCCGGACGAGGAAUGCUAUGAUGGAGGGUCAAAUGUGAACGUCACCUGUAGUGGAUAUCUAUUUGGAGUUACAGAAAUUGGAGAGUGUGUUGAAGCUACUCCAUCCGGAUAUUGGGUAACAUAUCCCUUACCAACAUGCGAGGAAUCCAGUUGUCCCUUGCCCACUGCUCCCCAGAAUGGCUUAGUAAGCCCAGUAAAUCACAACUCCUUGUACGAUGAGAUCAUCUUCUCUUGCGACGAUGGUCUGUUCCUUGAUGGACCGGGCAUGGCGGUUUGUAUAGGAACAGGUCAAUGGUCCCCAACUACUGUCCCAACAUGUUCUGCAAAUUGCCCCUCGCCAGACAUUGCGAAUUCGGACUUUGCAACAAACCAAUCGGAAACAGACCACGGCGACUUCAUCAUCGUGACGGUGACCUGUGACGACGGUUUCACUUCCGGAACAGGGGAUAAUGUAUCAGAACCUCUGACCUGCGGAAACGGUAGUUGGGACGUGGAUGUAUACUGUUAUUCGAAUUGUCCAUUGAUAUCAGCCCCUGACGAUGGCUACGCCAACAGCCUCGUCGAGCCGUUCUAUCAUGGCCGCAUCGUCGCUUUCAACUGCAGCCUCGGGUUCACAUUGGUCGGGAAUUCGAGUUCGACGUGCGACGACGGAAAUUGGUUAAAUGCCGUUCCCGAGUGCAAAGCGAAUUGUCCAUUGAUCUCGGCCCCUGACGAUGGCUACGCCAACAGCCUCAUCGAGCCGUUCUAUCAUGGCCGCAUCAUCGCUUUCAACUGCAGCCUCGGGUUCACAUUGGUCGGGAAUUCGAGUUCGACGUGCGACGACGGAAAUUGGUUGAAUGCCGUUCCCGAGUGCAAAGCGAAUUGUCCAUUGAUCUCGGCCCCUGACGAUGGCUACGCCAACAGCCUCAUCGAGCCGUUCUAUCAUGGCCGCAUCAUCGCUUUCAACUGCAGCCUCGGGUUCACAUUGGUCGGGGACUCGAGUUCGACGUGCGACGACGGAAACUGGUUGAAUGCCGUUCCUGAAUGCAUAGGUUUGGAGUCGUCGCCUUUCUUCUAAAUUAUUUUUAAACAUUAUCGAUAUUGAGCUUAAUCUAAUAUUGUCUCAUGAUUUAUGAUCUUUUGUCUAUUGUAAUGGUUGGACUAAAAGUCAAAUGCGAUUAUAUUUUAAAACCUUAAAAGAACAAUGAGCAGAGCAUGAACAAUUUGAAGCUGGCAACGUAUCGAAAAGUUCGAAAUCUGUAUUUUCCUUCAUACAAACUGGUAAUUAUCCCAAUAUGCAUAACAGCAUAUUUGCCCUUGUAUUCUUCUUUCUAAAACACUUUUUGAAAUCUCUUUGUAACAUGUGAGGGUUUCAUUUCAAGCAGAAGAAAAGGUGAUUAGUUUGUCUUUUGAAUUUUGCUAUUCAUGAGAAUACAUUAGAAAGUUUUAUAUAACUCACUUAAGGAAUCCAGCCAUCUCAUUGGUCGAAAUUGCAUUCAUAAACUUUAACUAUUCCUGUAAAAUUCCCGGUAAAAUU